AUGGGAAGUUUGGGGACCAACAUCUCAAGUGCUACCAGCUUCACACCAACAGGCUUCCCAGAGAUAGAGGGCCUGGAGAACUGGUUAGCUGCCCUCCUCUUGCUGCUUUAUGUUAUCUCCAUAGUGGGCAACAUCUUAAUUCUCUUCAUCAUAAAGGAGGAGCAAAGCUUGCACUAGCCAAUGUACUACUUCCUAUCUCUAUUGUCUGCCAAUGACUCGGGUGUGUCCUUUUCUACAUUGCCCACUGUACUGGCUACCUUGUGCUUUCAUGCCCCAGAGACUGCCUUCGAUGCCUGCCUGACCCAGAUGUUCUUCAUCCACUUUUUCUCCUGGACAGAGUCUGGGAUCCUGCUGGCCAUGAGUUUUGAUCGUUACGUGGCCAUCUGUCACCCCUUGCGUUAUUCUGCAGUGCUCACUGAUAUCCGUGUAGCUCACAUGGGCAUAUCCAUCAUCAUCCGCAGCUUCUGCAUGGUCUUCCUAUUUCCUUUCCCUCUGAAGAGGCUGCCCUUUUGUAAAGCCAAUGUACCGACUCAUUCCUACUGCUUGCACGCAGAUGUGAUCCGCCUGCUCUGUGGAGAUACCACCAUCAACAGCAUGUAUGGCCUGUUCAUUGUCAUCUCUGCCUUUGGUUUAGACUCAGUGCUCAUCUUCCACUCCUAUGUGCUCAUCCUGUGCUCUGUGUUGGCCAUUGCCUCCCAGGAGGAGAGGCUUAAGACACUCAACACAUAUGUGUCACACGUCUGUGCUGUGCUCAUCUUCUAUGUGUCCAUGGUUAGUGUGUCCAUGGUUCAUCGAUUUGGGAAGCCUGCCCCUGAAUAUGUGCACAAAUUCAGGUCCCUGGUAUAUCUCUUUGUGCCUCCAAUGUUCAAUCUUAUUAUCUAUUCCAUUAAGACUAAGGAAAUUCGUAAGAGGUUACACAAGAUGUUACUGGGACAUAAGCUUUGA